CACACCAUAACCUUUAUCUUCCAGACGCCCUUCACCCUUUUCCUUUUGUACACAUCACGAGGCGAUGAUAUUAUCCCAACACACCUCCAUUCCUUCUUAUUAUUAUAUAUCAUUCUCAUCCCCCUCUCUCCUCUCCCCGACAAUCUCUCUUCACCAACCAUGUCUGAUCAAUCAAAGCCCCUUCCCCAGAUCAUAGUCCCUGAUCAACAGCAACCGUUCCGCCCGACCGUCAAAUUCCUCACCGCUUCCAUACUGGGUGCAGCUUUCUUGCUCUUGUCUGGCUUGACCCUAACGGGGACAGUCAUAGCUCUGAUCGUGGCCACCCCAAUUCUGGUGCUUUUGAGUCCCAUUUUAGUCCCGGCGGGGAUAAUGGUGUUCCUGGUCACUGCUGGGCUCUUUUUUUCAGGUGGGUGUGGGUUGAUGGCGAUACUGGCAUUGACUUGGAUGUAUAAUUACUUGACAGGGAAGCACCCACCUGGCGCUGAUAAGCUAGAAUAUGCGAGAGGGCAAUUAGCAAGAAAGGCCCACGACAUGAAAGAGAGAGCUAAGGAAUACGGGCAAUAUGUCCAGCAAAAAGCUCAGGAGGCUGCUCAUCAAACUCAUUCAUCUUGAUCGAUCAUCUUCAACCAUCUGUAUGAACUCUGUGUGUGUGUGUUUUGUUCGUAGUAGUAUAAUUGUACUGUUUUAACUUUGAUGUCAGCUUGAAGAUGGUCUCUUUUUUUUUUUUUUUUUUUUUGUCAGAAGAUGGUCUUCUGUUAAUAAAUCCAGCAAUAAAGUUGCAUUCUUGAUCCUGGAUGCGUUUUUUUUUUCUAUGAAUUUUGGGUUGUUUAAGGAUAUUUUCUAUCUGCGCAUUGUUGCACCUGAAAUCUGUAAAGCUGCUUGC